AUGUCUUGGUUCCAGAAGACCUUCACGCUUCCAGCUCGAGCACGAGGCUCCUAUUUGGUUACUGACGAAGUCGUCUCUCAAUUACCAGAAUUGAAGGACUAUAAAGUCGGCAUUCUACAUCUCUUUGUACAACACACUUCCUGUGGUCUUUCAUUGAACGAGAAUUGGGACGAAGAUGUGCGCGCAGAUAUGAGUGACGCACUUGAUCGUAUCGUGCCGGAAGAUCGCAAAGGCAACCUGUACCGACACAGCUGCGAAGGCCCGGAUGACAUGCCUGCUCAUAUCAAGUCUGCUUUGGUUGGCGCGAGUGUAACAGUGCCAAUCUCCAAUGGCCGACUAGCGACGGGAACGUGGCAAGGAAUCUGGCAUCUUGAGUUCCGUGCUUCGAAGCACUCAAGGAAGGUUGUUGCCACGAUCCAAGGGGAGAAGAAGUAA